AUGGCUAUAGAUCACGUCACAUUCGUAUUCUUUGGUGACUGGUGACUGUUGGUGUUGUCUGUUAGGUUUUGGAAUUUGUUGAUUAAGUUUAAUUGGCAUACAAUUAUUAGGGUAAAAUAAUCAGAUAGAUACGUCAUGGAUAGUUCAAUUAUAGCUUAUGUUUAUUUUAUUUCUUUGAGACGAAUCCAAUAAUUUCAUUCCUUUUUGUAUUAACCUCAAUAAAAGGUUUACUCUUACAGAUGGGUAAGGUACCAAAAGGUCACAAAGUAAAGGAUAUUCCAAUCAAGAAAUCACCCCAUAAGAAACAUGGGAUCGGAAAAUGUGUUCCAAAAGUAUCCUUCAAAAGACUACUAAUGCUGCAAAGAAGACUUAAUUCUCUUCUCAAUGAACAGCAUUUAUGGGAAGAAAAAAACAAGGAACUUCUUGAUAAUUUGAAGACGGAAAAAAUGUUAACUGCAUCUUUGAGGAAAGAAUCGUUUCACUGGCAACGACUGUACCAUGAAUCUACAGUUAAAGUUAAUAUGUAUAAGGUUAAACAAGCUGAUAUGACACAAGGCAUGUCGGCGUGUUUGAGAGAAAUAGACUCUAUAUACCCUCACAUGGUAGCCUUCUCUGAGUCUGUUACCAGCAAUAAAAUAAGAAUAUCUAAUAUGUUGAAUUCACUACCAUCUUCAGAGUAUGAGUAUUUGCCAAGGCAAACUACCAAAAUUAAUGAAGAUUCCAACAAAAGUACAGAGAAGCCAACAAAACAUCGAGUUGGCCCAAUGGUGAGGGGACUUCUUAUAACGAAACCAAAGAUAAUGUUGGAGCGAUUGAUGCUGCCCCAACCUCAAGAUCAUCCUGAACCAGCGAUUAAUGAUGAUGUAUCCACUAUACAAGUCAAUAAUCAGCUCACUCCUAUUCCAGAAGAAAAUGACGAAGAAGAGAAUGUUCGGCUGGAGCAUGUUUCCAUAAGGCCUAAACGUAAACUAGGAAGAUCAUCAUGGAGACAACGAAGACAAGAAAAAAUUGAUCAAGAUAGAGAAAGGGAAAGAAAAAAUAAACAGCCUGCAGCUGUAACAUAUGAUGGAGAUUCAAGUGAUACAGAGAGUAACCCAACUGCUUUAAAUGACAUGGAGCCUGUUGUGCGGUUUAAAGAUGUUAGUCGUCUGCUGCAAAACUCUUCUUUACUUAAGGUUGACAGUGGUCGGAACGGUGACACUGAUACUGGAUUGGGCAGUGACCGACAGUCUGAAACCAGCACUCUUCACGUGCCUGUGAAUAAGGUUAAAAGAAACAAUGAAGACCCUUUAGAAGGCAGCAGUUGGAUGUUCAACAACAAUCACAACCAUCGUACCAGUUAUGGACCUGCUACAUUACGUGGAAGAUCAUCUCUCUACAAGUCUGAUACUUCUGAUGAUGACGAUUAUGAGGAAGAAAACCUAGUUGUAGUUGAAAAAAACAUAACAAACUUAACAUUAGAUUCUUUGGAGAUAAAGAAUAAAACAUUCACUGUCCGUUCCCCAAAAGUGAACAGUGGCAGGUUCUCUGCUGAAACUAGUGAUGAUACUGUAAACCGCUCCCCUCCAGCUGAGCCUGACUCUACCAAUAAUGUUGAUGUUCAGCAUUCCAACAACUCUUUCACAGAUCUCUCAGAAAACGAAAAGAGUUUGACACUCCUUCAAUGUGGGUCGGAUUCAAGCAAUACAUCUGCUGGGACCAUUCAUAUGCUUAAAAACCAGUCGGAGCAGAGGGUGUCAAGUAAAGUGGAUAAAGUUUCAGCUGACAGUCCAUCUCCUCAAGUAAGAUUGUCUGUCUCUAGCCUCACGGCCAGCAAGAGACAUUCAAGUUUCUGUAACAACUGUGGACCAUCACCUAGUCUUCCUGAAAUCUUAGGGAAAAGGAUAAGGAAGCAAAAAACCCAUCUUUAUCCUGGUGAAGAGGUGUCAAAUCUAGAAUCUAAAUCUACGAGUAACAGAUCAUCAAUUGGAAGGAAAAGUAAAAAAAAGUCUUUAAGUACAAAGAUUAAAAAGAGAUCAUCAGGUGGAAAAGAUCAAAACGUCAAAGUAGACGAUAAUGGUGGUAGUGCAACUAAGACUGAUAAGAAAAAGAAACAAAGUGGAAAGUCUGCAGCAAGAGAAACAAUGUCAAAAAAGAGUUCACUAAAAGUGGAAAAUGCUUCUAGAACCUCAUCUUUAAAUAGAACUUUGUUAGAUACAGAUAAUGGGGAUACGAGCAGACCUAGGCGAACCAAAUCUCAAAUCAACUACAGAGAGCCACUAGUGAAUAUGAAACAAAGAAGACCUUAAUGGAAUUUUCAACUAUUAUUACUAUGAUUUAUAUUAUUAGAAUCAAGUGUUGUUAUUUUAUUACAUUUUGCCUUGAUUGUUUUCAUAGCAUUAAUAAUUAUAAAAUAAAAUAAUUUUGAUUGAA